AUGGUUACUAUGAAUUCAAAUGAGAAGGCUGCUCCAAAGGCCUGCCAGCAGGGGUCUUCAAGAGAUGUAACUAAGUCAAGCAAAGAAGAGAAAGAGAAUGAAAAGAAAGAAAGAAAAGAGAGGGAGAAUCUCAUAGCUAAUUUGCCUCCAAGCGUGCAGGCUUUGAUGGCAACAAUACCAUCACCGGAGGAGUCGCCCAACUAUCUUGCUUAUAAAAAGAUGGAAGCAAUCAUUGAGAAAAUGCAAGACGAGAAUACUGGUGUUCCAGUCAGGACUGUCAAAAGUUUUAUGAGCAAAAUACCUUCGGUCUUCACUGGAUCAGAGCUGGUAGCUUGGCUGGGCCGACAUCUGAACUUGGAAGACAGCUGGGAAGCAUUGCAUCUGUCUCAUCUACUGGCUGCACAUGGCUAUCUCUUUCCAAUAGACGACCACUGCUUGACUGUUAAGAAUGAUAACACAUAUUAUCGAUUUCAAACUCCAUAUUUUUGGCCAUCAAACCAAUGGGAACCGGAAAAUACUGAUUAUGCCGUAUACCUCUGUAAGCGCACUAUGCAGAACAAAGCACGCCUGGAAUUGGCAGACUACGAAGCGGAGUCCUUGGCGCGGCUCCAGAAGAUGUUCAGCAGGAAGUGGGAGUUCAUCUUCAUGCAGGCUGAAGCACAGAGUAAGGUUGACAAGAAGAGGGAUAAACUUGAAAGGAAAGUGCUGGACAGCCAGGAGCGGGCAUUCUGGGACCUGCAUAGACCUAUGCCGGGCUGUGUGAAUACUACAGAGCUCGACCCGAAGAAGUUGUCCAGGAUUAAUGCCUUGAAGCAGAAGCGGCUGCAGCAGUGCCAGGAGUUGAUAAUGCAACACAAUCUUAAAAACAAUCCAAUAGUGACGAUAACAAAUGCGCAAGAGAGCGAAGAAGAGAUUCAAAAGAAUUCGGAGAUUGUAAAGGAAAAUGGCGAAUGCUCCCGCACCGAACUGGCAACACUGGAGGACGAUAAGCCGAGUAUAGAAUCGCAGAUCGAAGCGGCGAAAAGGCAAGUGGCUGUGCUGAAGGCGAGACUGGAAAGAAGGAAUGUACGAGUCAGCAAGGUGGCUGAGAUGUUCAUAUCUUACUGCGAGCAGUACGGCGAGUACGAUGCCUUCCUCACACCACCCGAAUGGCCGAACCCCUGGAUAAGCGAUACGACGGAGUUGUGGGACCAGGAGAAACAGUGCAAAGAACCGCUUCCGUUGCGGCGCGUGCGUCGCUGGUCGUUCAGUCUCCGCGAAUUGCUGCGCGACCCCCCCGGAAGGGAACACUUCGCCAAGUUCCUCAGCAAGGAAUUCAGUGGGGAGAAUCUUAAAUUCUGGUUGGCGGUGCAGGAUUUGAAGGCGUUACCCAUAUGUCGUGUCGCGUCGUGCGCAAAAGACAUAUGGAAGGAGUUCUUGGACUCGAACGCGCCGUCGCCGGUCAAUAUCGACGCCGCGAGCAGGGAACUAACUCGAGUCAGAGUCGAGUCUGGGAAACCGGAUCGUUACUGCUUCGAUCAGGCGCAGGCCCACGUGUAUCACCUAAUGAAAUCUGACAGUUACUCGCGGUACUUACGCUCGGAGAUGUACAAGGACAUCUUGAAUGGUUCCAAGAAAAAGACAUCAGUAAAAGGCAUAAGGUCUAUCGUCUCGUUCACCGGAAGGAAGGAAACGUCAUCAAAUUAA